AUGCCGUUCGGUCAGAUUGUUAUAGGCCCGCCAGGUUCUGGGAAAUCGACGUAUUGUAACGGUUGUAGCCAGUUUUUCAAUGCCAUAGGACGACAUGGCCAAGUGGUGAACAUGGAUCCUGCGAACGAUCAACUGCCGUAUCCAUGUGCUGUUGAUAUUCGAAAUUUCAUCACUUUGGAGGAAAUCAUGGCAGAACAACAAUUGGGACCCAACGGUGGGCUCAUGUAUGCGUUGGAAUCGUUGAACAAGUCUAUCGACUUGUUCAUAUUACAAAUCAAGUCGUUAGUGGUCGAAGAAAAAGCGUACGUUGUGUUCGAUUGCCCGGGCCAAGUAGAGCUUUUCACGCACCACACGGCUUUGUUCAGCAUCUUCAAACGGCUCGAAAGAGAGCUUGACAUGCGACUGUGCGUCGUGAAUCUCGUCGACUGUAUUUACAUGACGUCGCCGUCGCAAUACGUGUCGAUCCUGUUGCUGGCGCUCAGAUCGAUGCUUAUGAUGGAUCUGCCGCACGUCAACGUGUUCUCCAAAAUCGACAUGCUUAAAUCCUACGGAGAUUUGCCGUUCCGCUUGGAUUACUAUACGGAAGUGCAAGAACUCGAAUAUUUGAGGCCCUACAUCGACCAUGAGGGGUCGAGUGUCUUGGGCAAGAAGUACAGUCGACUCACAGACACUAUCAGCGAACUCGUAAGCGAUUUCAAUUUGGUUUCGUUCGAAGUUCUGUGCGUUGACGAUAAAACCAGCAUGAUAUCUCUACAAAGCGUCAUUGACAAAGCCAACGGCUACAUUUUCGGAGCCUCGGAGGUUGGUGGUGACACGGUGUGGGCAGAAGCCACCAGACAGGGUACUGCACUUGCCAACGUCGAUGUACAAGACAGAUGGAUCGACAACAAAGAAUAUUAUGACAAACUCGAAGAGGAAAAACAGGCGGAAUCCAUCAGACAACAAGAAGCAGCAAACAAAGAGGUUAACGUCGACGACGAAGACGAAUGGGAAUCGGCAUUGAAAGAAUGGGAUCGCACCCAAGGCUCUAAAUUCGUCAAAUGA